CUAACCUUUACCAGAAAAUUUGGAGAAAACCCCAAAGUCAAAUAUCCGAAGACUUCAACCAUAUCUUUCUUCUCACCUCCUCCACUUCCCUAUCUAGAAAGAGCUUUGCUUCAAUGGAAAAUCAAAAGCCACUAAUAAUUCAAAUAUCUGAAAAAACACCCACAAAAAUUUCCCAAGAUUUAUUGCAACUUUCAUGCCUUCCAGAUGAAAUUAUCAUUGAAAUUCUCAUAAGGUUGCCAGUAAAAUCCCUGUUGAAAUUAAGGUGUGUUUCAAAAUCUUGGCUUUCUUUACUGUCAAAUCCACAUUUUAUCAACACCCAAAUCAUAUUUUCUGCUCAAGAUUGCAAAAAUGUGAAUCUUAGACUUGCUAUAGUAGCUUCAGUAUCAGGUUUAGUGGGUAAAAUGAGCUCUAUUUACUCUAUAGUGUGUGAAAAAAAUUCCUCAAUGAAUGUUGCUAAUCUUGAUUAUACUUUGAAAGCCCCUAUUGGAUCUGCGAAAUUUGUGGGUUCUUGUAAUGGAUUGUUAUGUUUAACAGCAGUGUCAUUUAAUCUGAUUUUGUGGAACCCAUCAACUGGAAAAUGCAAAGAAUUUCAAGAUUCAUUUGUUCAAAGUGGUGUAAGUUAUUAUGUUAGAUAUGGGUUUGGUUAUGAUGGUAGUAAUGAUGAUUAUAAGGUUGUUAAGGUCUUUAGUUUUCCUAAGGAUGAGGGGAAAUAUGAGAAUAUGGUUAAGAUUUAUAGCUCAAGGGCUAAUUCUUGGACAAUGAUUGAGGGGUUUAAUAGUGGUUAUGUAAAUGCACAAUCGGGGUUGUUUGCGAAUGGAGCUCUUCACUGGGAGGUAAGCCAGUGUCGCGAUUCAGGUGCUUCUUCGGAGAUUAUGACUUUUGAUUUGGCUACUGAGACGUAUGGAGUAAUGGCAUUGCCUCGUUGUGGAAAUGGAAAUGGAGAAUUCAGUUGGAUGUUAAGCGUUUUAGGUGGAUGUUUAGUUGCCUGUUGCAACUAUCAUCUGGAUAAGACUGAUUUGUGGGUGAUGAAGGAGUAUGGCAUGGAGAAUUCAUGGACUAAGUUGGUUUCUCUCUCGUCACCCUUUGGUCGUAUGGGUUAUAUCUCACCUCUGUUUGUAUCUGAGAAUGGUGACGAAGUUUUAGUGAAGCUUGGUACGGAUAUAAGGUUGUUCAACUCGAGGAACGCUUCGUACAAAUCCUUGGACAUUCAUUCAUCAGGUCGUUGUCUUCAAGUACAAGCUGUUACUUAUGUUGAGAGUUUAGCUUCACCUCAUGUUGGCGAUAAGUAAUUUAGCUUACAGUAGGAAAGCAGGGAAAUUAAUUUGCUUGUGCUAUUUUUUCAGAUGGUUUAUUAGUUAGGUUGCAUCAGAUGUUGUAUUGUUGCAUGUUUUAUCUAGUCAAGUGGUUGGCACAGUUAUUUUUAAUGCUAAGUUCUUGUUGUUCA